GAGCGUCCUGAGUUGCGUGGGUAGGGGAAAAAAAAGAUGGCGGACCUUUGGAGCGGCGCUCCGGCGUGAAGAUGUCAACCAUCAUCCCGGAUCUGAUCGCGUUAUUGUGCAAUAAUUCAUCAGAAUAAUUUACGGUCGAGCCGGUCACAGGAUAUGGUGGUGGGCAUGCUGACGUCUCCUGACACGCAAACCUCUUCUCCGAGUGUGGAGGAAGACGGAGGGAGUUCCCUCACCGCCCUUCGUCCCGCUCACCACGCCGUCCAUCACACCCACCAUCACCCCGACCGUCACGCCGUCCAUCACACCGCAGCUGCUUUUCACCGCUCCGACGUUCCGGGAAGUUCGAUGAUGGCCAGGAUGGACCACAGCGAUCGCUCCGAGUUUUCAGAACAGCAGCGAGCGACUUCGGCAGAAAGAAGCGGCACGGAGAGCCGUGAAGACGGAGACGAGAGACGACGCGGACCGUCCGAAGACCAAACCACAAGGUCCAGCAAACGCAAGUUGGUGUUAACAUCGUUAACUUCGGGGUCACAUGACGCGUCCAAAGCGCAGGAUUACGAGGACAAAGAUCCCGAAAGCCCUCCACCAGCGAAGAGAUGGGUAAUCGGCCCCAUCUUCCAGUCCUUCAAAUCCAAGAUGGCGAGCUUCGCUGAGAUCGUCAUGAGCCCCGUGCGGCUUUUCAAACCCAGCGAGUUUCCGGCCGAGUCGAACCCCGAAGCGCAUGAGGACCGAGAGGAGGUCGAGACAGACGGCAAAAAAGACGUGUUUUUAGAAAAGAAGAAAAAACUCACCCCAUUGAGAAAGUUGGAAGUCGUCCAGAGAUUGAGAUUUGACACGGAUUUGAGCAACGCGAGCGAUUCGGAGCAGAACAAAGUGGUGGGCUCACAGAACCGAUCAGAACGCCGAGGAGACUCGAUCUCUGAGGACGCCGCGUCUUUUGGGUCGUUAAAUUCUCCGAGUGAGACCAGCGAAAAUGUCAGUUCUGAUAAAUCGGGGCAGAAGUUAAUCGUUUUGUGCGAACAAAUGACUACGGACGAGUUAAAAAAGCACACGCUUGAGAAGAAAAAAUACCACGCUCAGGGUCAGACUUUGAAAAAAUCGAGGCUUCCUACUCCUGCAGUCGGAAAGACGACUGGACUGAAGAGACGUGAACUGGUAGUGAUGGUCAAAAGAGCAGGAACGGAAGGCACAAUUGGAACCGGGGGUGCGGCAGAAUCUCCAAAGCUCACGAUGUUGGAGAACCCGCGCUGGUCCAGACGGGAAAACGAAGAAGGGUUCAGGUUUUCGGCGAGUCUUUUAGUAGCACGUGCAAUACUGGAGAUGUUCAAAGCUCUUGUAAUUCCUCAGAAAGAGAGCAAAAAGGUCCGCCCAGAAGUAGAAGAAAAAAGGAGAAAGGUGUGA